AUGGCGGAGCUUUGGAAAGUAAAAAGUGCAGAAGAAGAGUUCAAAAAGGAAUACUUCUUCAGAAACAGGGAAGCCGAGGAGAACAGACAGAGAGAGACCCGGGCCGUCAUCCGAAUUCAGAGCUGGUUCCGAGCCUGCAAGGUGCGAGCAUACCUCAGCCAUUUGCACAAGAAAGCAGUCAUUAUACAGAAGCUAUGGCGGGGCUUCACUGCAAGGGCACACAUCAGACAAAUGGUGAAGGCGGCAUAUUUUAUCAUGAAGAUGAAUUUCUACGAGGAGAUGGCGGUCAGGAUUCAGGCGAGGUGGAGAGGAUUCUUUGUCAGGAAGUACAUCCAUGACUUCUACGCACGGAAAAAAUACUUGGAAAGACUCCUUGUAAACAACGAACUUAUGAGGAGGGAGCUUGAUGAAAUCCAGGAACUCCAAAGAAGAGAGAGAGAAUAUCUGAAGAUGGUAAAAGAGCAGACAGCCGAAGUCUACCAAGCUCAUCGGUUACAUCACCUCAUCAGCACAAAGCAGUCCCCAGGAGUUUUCAACUCUCCAUUUAGGCCAGGCCCUCAUGAGAUGGAGCUACUGUUGAGGGAGGUCAAGUAUCAGACCCCCACUAGUCUGGCCUCUAGACAUCGAGGUUGUUUCAGGGACAUGUCUGACCGAGCAAGACCUAGUUUCUCUGGGACUUCUGAACCCCUAUGGAUCAAAUCCACUAGAGCCUGCGACUUAAGGCCCAAGCUACCUCCCAUUACCAGCAAGAAACAGCAGACUGGCAACCUAACCAGUAACAACUUGAGCUAGACACCAACUUCCUGUGAGCCAGAAGAGGAACAAGC